GUCAAGGUUGGUUAUAGAUUCUAGUUUUCUACCACUUACUCAGUUACUUGAGUUACUGUGAAUCAUUUCUAGAAUUAGAUCUAUUAUCUAGAUCUACUAUUAAACAUUAUAAUUAAAAUCUAAUAGAGAUAGAUCUAUCAGAAUGUCGACUAAAGUAGCAGUUGUGACCGGGGCCAAUAAAGGACUGGGAUUUGGUAUUGUACGAGGACUUUGUAAAGCUUUUGAAGGAGAUGUCUUCCUGACAGCUCGUGAUGAAGGACGUGGCAGAGCUGCGGUGGCAGAGUUAGAGAAGGAAGAUCUUCAUCCUAAAUUUCAUCUGUUAGACAUCAGUGAUCAUGAUAGCAUUGUGAAACUGAAAGAUUUCCUGCAGUCGAACUAUGGAGGUCUGGAUCUGCUGGUUAACAAUGCAGCUAUUGCAUAUGAAUUUAAUAGUGUUCCCUCUCCACCCAUUGGUCAAGCUGCUGAGGAAGUUUGUAAAAUUAACUAUUUUGGAACACUAGAUGUCUGCCAAACACUUUUCCCAUUGCUAAGACCACAUGCUAGAGUUUGUAAUGUGUCCAGUAUUAAUUGUGAAUUCUCACUAGCUGAAUGUGGAGAAGAAUUGAAAGCUAGAAUUAGGAAUCCAGACUUGACAAUUGAUGAUGUCACAGCUCUGGUGAAUGAGUUUAUUGAAGCCGCCAAGAACAAUCAGCUGAAGGAAAAAGGUUUUGAUACCUCUCCUUAUGGCAUCUCAAAGAUAGGUGUCAGCCUUAUAACUCACAUUCAACAGAAACAAUUAGAUGAGUCUGGGGCCCAGGACAUUGUUGUCAAUUGUUGUGAUGUUGGCCUGGUCAGUACAGAUAUGACAGGAGGAGCUGGGAUGCCCAUUGAUCUUGGAACUAUGACACCUCUGUACUGCUGUUUGCUUCCUCCUGAUGUGGAGAGUCCUAGAGGAAAGUUCAUCAUGAAUAAAAGGACCUACGAUUGGUUGAACAAUUAGAAGCACCUUGUACUAGUCAAAACACAGGAAAUUCAAGACUCGUUUUCAAUAGUAGUGUGCAACAUUUAACAAACAACAUCAUUUAUUUUAUAGCAAUGGUGUCAUAUUGAUUAAUCGUGACAUUGUAUCACAUUUGAAGAGAUUACUGUCAUAUUCACUAGAGUUCCAUUUAAUGUUAAUAAUAUUGAGUUUGCUAUAAUAGUGUUACACUUAAUUUAAGGCCUUUUUCAUGUUAGACAUGUCUCUAUCAGGGCAUGUCACAGAUUAGAAGUUUCCAUUGAAACUCUUUUACUGUCUAGCUUUUUCUUGGGAUUUUGAAACCCAUCAUCUCAAUUUUUAACCUAGGUAUUAUGCUUAUGUAUUACAUCUAAAGCAUACUACAAAAUAGAACAAUGGAAAUUUGUGAUAAGUUUUAAUAAGGAGCAGAACAUUGCCUCUAUCACACAAUAUAUCCUCUUCCAGACUCAUUGUAUAUAAGUAUAUACAGUGUAUAAGUAUAUACAGUAUAUAGGUAUAUAAAGUGUAGAGGUAUAUACAGUGUAUAAGUAUAUAUAAGGAGCAUGUUUUGAACAGGAUUAUUUUGUAACAAAAUAAAAAUAGCUGUUAAUGUUAGAUUCCUAUCUGAGACAAAGUCCUAUUUUAUUUUUUAAAAUGUUCUUUACAAGAUCUUGGGCCAAUUAGAGUUGGUUUCUUUGAAUUGAAAGGUUUGCCAUGUAUUAGGCAUUGGACUUCCUGUCAGGGUUGGUCCAUCAGAAAUAAGCCACACUAUCACAGCAUGUUAGAUUUACUCUAUGUUUGAUGUUUGCUGUUUCUGCAGCAGUUAAGGUUUUACAGGGUAGAGUAGCUAGCCUUACCCCCAACCUGUCUCAUCCGUGGAUUUAUACCAUGGCAAGCCAAGAACAAUUAUUUUUUAAAAAUAGGUUCUCAACAGUGGGUGAUUCCUAACACUUAAGGAAAUAUUUAAUUUCUUCAUUUUAUGUUUUGUAAAAAAAAAAAAAAAAUAAUUUAAUAACCAUUGGUAAUGAUAGAUCCAGAAUGUUCUUUGAUAUUCUUUGAUACAACCUCAUAUCAACAUGUCAUACAUCAUACAUCAUGUAUUUAAAUACAUCAUGUAUAUCAUGUUUCAUAAGUGUGUGCAAUACACUAGCAGAUGAGCUGUGUUUUUUGUCAAUAUUUAUAUAUAUCAGUGAUGUCAAACAUCAGUUCAGUAUUGUUUCUCUCAGUGUGCUUACUUCUGCCAACUAAUAAUCACUUUGACUUACUUCCCUUUAUGCACUUUAAUUAUUGUUUCAGACAAUUUCUACUGUGUCAUCAUUCCCCUCAGUUUUUGGUUUGUGUAUUUUUUGUAGUCAUUCUUCAUGACUAUCACUGUACAUUUUGCUCAGUGCCUUAACAAGUGAUAGAAAAUUGGCCUUCUAAUUGUAUACAUCAUUUAUUUAUUUCUUUUGUUCCACAAUUGUUGUUUUUUUUUCUGUUCUAAAUUAUGGUUCAUAAUUUUUUACAUUUAAUAUGUUAUUAUAUAAUAUUUUAAAGGAAACUGCAUCACUAAAUGGUUCUUAAUCUUAUUAGUUUAAAAGCAAAACAAUUAUAUUGAUUACUGUUUUAAUUUAUAUAAGUGGCUUAUAAGUGCCAGAAACUAAAUAUUGAAUGUAUUUAGAACUGUGAUAUUUUCUGUUUAAUUUUGUACUUCACUUCCAGCUAGUUCUGCUUGUCCAUUGAUCUCACUUAAUGUUACUCAGUUCAGGGUUUCUCAAAAUUUUCAUUACACGCCCUCUCCCAUUUUUACCUUUGUCAGUUAAAGUCUGCGUAGCCCUGGUAGCAAGUGUUUUAUAGGCUUUCAAAGUUCAUUCUCGUAUCAUCUACAGUGCAAUAUUUUUUUGAAAUAAGAAAAGUUCUGGUCAAAUAAUCUCUUAAGUUGUGGGACAUUGUGUAAUGUCCUGAUCAUUAGAUCAAGAUAUCUUAUAGCAGGCCGUUUUGUCCAGAUGUUUUAUAGCUGACCUUUUUGUCAAAAUGUCAAUAGAAAGAUUAUGUUUUUCUUUACCAUUCAGAAAGACUCUAGGAAAAGUAUUGAUAAAGAUGUACUGAAGUUUAAGAUGGACUCCAGACUUGUAUUGGUGAAAGAGUUUAUGAUAUAAUUAUACAAUUAUAAUUAUGAAUAAUAAUAUCUGAUUAUAAUGAACAUUUUGAAUUAAUUUUGUUGCAAAUGGCUGCAACAUGAGAGGAGAAGGAGAGUGCGGUGCCCUAAUUUAACUCUUUCAGUGUGGUGUUACUCUCGGAGUAACUUGGUUUAUAAUAUUUAUUUCAUUAUCUUUUUGAUGUUAAACUUUUUUAUUUCUCUUUUUUUUUAUUUUCCAGAUGUGGGAGUGAUUGUUUUUUGUUUUGUUAGUAAAUUCAAUGCAGUACAUUUAUUUUUUUUAAAAAGACAAACUUUGUGAUAAUGGUUUCUUUAAUAAUGCAUUUUAUUUAUUAUAAUUUUGUUGCCCAUUCAUUUUCCUUUGGAAUAAACUCAAACAUGCUAGAUUAUUUAAUAAAAAUUUAAAAAGUUUUGUUAGUUUUAGUAAGUCUAACCACCUUUAAAUGUGUGUUCAUCCUGGAAAAUUCAUUUUUUUCUUUCAAAAUAAUUCACACUGAAAGAGUUAAUACCUUUAGUUUUACAACAUUGUCAUUUUUACUUUUUUACUCCAAUAUAAAUUUGUAGCUUUAGGACAAAUACACAGAUUUUUGUCUUGAAAAAAAACAACAACUGUCUUUCGGCUACUUUAGUCCACAUGUGUCACGUACACCUAGAGAAGGUUGGAGGGUGUCCUUCAGUUUGAAAAACGCUGGUCUAGUUGUUUACUUUCUUUUUGGUUUCUGCAUUCCAAGAAAUACAUGAUUUUUUUUUUUGUCUAUGUUUUGAUUUGGUGCUGCUCACUUUUUAUUUUGCUUUUUCAACAAAAGUUUUUUUUUUACCUUAAGAAACAAAUUUUAUCAAAAUUAUAAAAUAUUGUUAAAUUAACAUUUUUAUUUUUAAAAAUCUUCUCAAAUGCGUGUCAUUUAUUUUGUUUAGUUUAACUUGUAUCCCCAUGCAGUAGAGUCCUGAAAAGGUCAUUCAGUUAGCCUGACAGUCUUAAGCCACUUUCUGGCAGCCAACGGGUAGGCAAUUUUUAAAGUUCAUUUUCAUUCUAGACAACUUUAUGCCUUCAUGUUUUCUGACCAUGGUCUUAUCAGGUACACUCUCCACUGUUGUAAUAAGUUCAUGUUCAUAUGGUACAACACUCUAUACCUCCCUCAAGUGUAUUAUUUUCCUUUGUUGAAAAGUAUUUGGGCAGUUAUAUCUCCAUGUGUUGUCAAGCAAACUAGUACAUAAAGUAAAGUUCCCUUUUCAGACCUUUCGAUCUAUAGGGCAGAUGAUGUGAAGGUCAUCUGUUUCUGUGGCCUAUGGUUAACAAGGCUGUCAUUGUGGCCAGCAUAGUGACCAACCACCUUUACUUUUCCCCAACUAAUAUUAGGGUACUGGGUGGUCCCCUAAUGAUCCCCAAAAUUAAAAAUCCCAGGAUUUGAACCUGGUACCCCUCGGUUUAGAAGCCAAGAAGCCACCACGCGAACAAAACAUACAAGUCCAAUAUUGUGUUUUCUGUAUAUAUAUUUCAUUCCCCGUAACCCAGCAAGUUCACUAAUUCAUUUGAUCACAAGUUCAGGACUCUACUGUAUUUUAGUUCACCAUGUCAUUUAGAUUGCACUGGAAAUUCCACAGUUGUCUCCCUUAUGUCAAUACACAUUCAGUGUCAAGUCCACAUUUAACAGAUACGAUGUUUACACUCAAAUAUCUGGCCAUUAUGAAAAUGUAAUAGUUAAAUUAAGCAACAUAACAAACCCAAUGAUGCCAUAAUAUUUGAAGUGUGAAUACAAUGGUCCUUGGUUAAACAUAAACAUGAAAUUUAGACUAGGAUUUCAUAUUCCUCAUUUCUACAUCUGAACCCAAAUAAUACGGAGAGCUGGGCUAGGGUUAGACUAUAAUGUAAUUUUGUUAUAACUGUGGAAGUUACCCUGAUAGCAAAGAUUUUGUGCCCAGUAAGGGCCCCAACUGGGCCAGCCCAUACUAACUAUAUGGGCCCCAACUGGGGGAUGAACAUUGACCCAAACGGGUGCCAAUAGGGUUCAGUCAGGGGGCCCAGAAAAUCCCCUUGUGAAACCCGUAUGGGACCAGUAAGGGGAAGGACUUGUGGGCCCCCAACAGGGCCAAAGAUACUUGGCCCUUUGGGGGCAUUAAUGAAAGCCCAAAUUUUUUACCUUGCAAACAUCUUCAUGAUUUAUUUACUAGGUUUUUAUUACUGGCAUAUUUAUGUGAAACAAAACAAAUAUGGCCUUCCUCCUUAAAUAAUGGAUGGAUGCAGUGUCUUAAAGUCAACACAUUUUUUAAAGGGAUGUAUUGCCUAAGGGAGACAACUGUGGUUAGAUUCCUUGCCUUAGUAAUCUUGUAUAGCUGUGUGAACUCAAAUAUUACUAUGACUCAUAGAAAUAAAUAGUGCCACCAUUAG